UAAAAGCUCCCCCUUCCAGCACAGCUCUUUCAAAGAACGCUCAGCUUUCUCAACUCUGUUCCAAUUCGCUCGCGCCUCCUGAGCCCAACUGAACUUCUUGUGAUGACUGCACUUGCGAGUCGGCGUCGUCAUCACCAUCACCACCGCCAUUCAUCCCAAUGCAUCAUCACCGUCAUGUGCUCAGAGCCUCCAAGAAGCCACCGUCUUUGCGGCCACACCAGUUGGCGAACACCCUCCUCGUCGCCUCCGUCGCCAAGACCCUCUCCCAGUCCGGGACCCGCAACCUCGACCCGGACGCCGUCCCGGUCACCGACUCCCUCCUCCGCCAGAUCCUCUCCCACAGGUCCCUCCACCCAUCAAGAAAGCUCGAGUUCUUCACAUGGUCUCGCUCUCUCACGCAUUUUGGCAAACACGCGGCGAGAGUGUACUCCCACCUGUUCUGGGUCAUGUGCCGAGCUGACCAGCUCGAGGAGGUCCCUCCCCUGCUCCGCCUGAUGAAGGAGGACGGCGUCGUCGCUGAUUCUUGGACGUUCAAGCUCCUCCUCGAGGCGUUCAUCCGGUCGGGCAAGUUUGACGCUGCGCUCGAGAUUCUUGAUCACAUGGAAGAGCUCGGCACGAGGCUGAAUUCCCAUAUGUAUACUUCGGUGCUUGCCGCACUCGUUAGGAAGGGACAAGUGGGUCUGGCCUUGUCGAUUUUCUAUAAGCUCUUGGACGGUUCAAGUGGGGCGGUUUCCCUGCCGAGCGCGGUCGCGUGCAAUGAGCUGCUCGUCGCGCUUAGGAAGGCGGAUAUGAGAGCCGAGUUCAGGGAGGUGUUUGACAAAUUGAAAGGGAAGGAUGGGUUUCAGUUGGAUGCUUGGGGUUAUAACAUUUGUAUUCACGCAUUCGGGUGUUGGGGCGAUUUGCCCGCUUCUCUGCGCCUUUUCGAGGAGAUGAAGGCGAAGAGUUCGGGUUUGGGAUCAUUUGGGCCCGACUUGUGCACCUACAAUAGCUUGAUCCAGGCGCUCUGCUUGGCCGGCAAGGUCAGAGAGGCACUGGUCGUGUGGGAGGAAAUGAAAGGGUCUGGCCAUGACCCCGAUGCCUUUACAUAUCGAAUUCUCGUUCAAGGCUGCUCGAAAUCAUACCUCAUUGAUGAUGCCGCCAGAAUUUUCGAUGAAAUGCAGUACAAUGGAUUUCGACCGAAUGUGAUUGCUUACAAUUCUCUCCUGGAUGGACUUCUUAAGGCGAAGAGAGUGAAUGAGGCAUGCCAACUUUUCGAUAAGAUGGUUCAGGAUGGAAUAAGGGCAACAUGCUGGACAUACAACAUCCUCAUCGAUGGACUAUUCAAGAAUGGAAGGGCAGAGGGUGCAUAUACACUCUUCUGCGACUUGAAGAAAAAGGGUCAGUUUGUGGAUGGCGUUACUUAUAGCAUUGUUGCGGUGCAGCUCUGUAAGGAAGGUCAACUCGAGGAAGCUCUUACACUGGUACAAGAAAUGGAAGUCAGAGGCUUUGUCGUGGACCUGGUCACGAUAACGUCCCUCCUGAUUGGAUUUCACAAGCAGGGUUGGUGCGACGGGACGGAGAUGCUCAUGAAGCACAUUAGGGACGGACAUCUGGUCCCGAGUGUGCUCAAGUGGCAAGCUGACAUGGAGGCUGCGAUGAAGCAUCAUAAGAGCAAAAGAAAGGAUUACAUGCCAAUGUUCCCAUCUAGAGGCUGCUUCCAUGAGAUUAUGAGUUUGGUGGGUUCUCCUCCUGACUUGCAGACUUCGCCUGAGGAGGGUUCAGAAGAGACCAGGAUGGGAGAUGAGGAGGCUUCAUCUACAGAUUCUGAUGAGUGGUCAUCGUCCCCAUACAUGGAUCGGUUGGCUAGUCAAGUAAAGUCCGGUGAUUAUUCUCCUCAGCUGUUUUCGCUUUCGAAAGGGCUGCGUGUUCAAGACCGAGGGAUGGGCACAUUAGAUAUCCACAUGGUCAAUACCUACUUAUCGAUCUUUCUAGCAAAGGGAAAGUUGAGCUUGGCCUGCAAGUUGUUUGAGAUGUUCAGCGACCUGGGCAUCGACCCAACAAGCUACACGUACAACUCCAUGAUGAGCUCCUUCGUCAAGAAAGGCUAUUUCGAGGAGGCAUGGGGCGUCCUCAACGAGAUGGGCGAGAGGGUCUGCCCCACAGACAUUGCAACGUACAACAUGAUCAUUCGGGGGCUUGGCAAGAUGGGGAAAGCGGACCUAGCAAGUGCGGUCCUUGACAAGCUAAUGAAGCAUGGGGGUUACUUAGAUGUAGUGAUGUACAACACGCUGAUUAACGCCUUGGGGAAAGCUGGAAGGAUCGACGAAGCGUGCAAGCUUUUUGAGCAGAUGAGGACGAGUGGGAUUUGCCCUGACGCCGUGACGUUUAACACCCUCAUUGAAGUGCACAGCAAGGCGGGGCGUCUGAAGGACGCAUAUAAGUUCUUGAAAAUGAUGCUCGAUGCCGGGGUCUCCCCUAACCAUGUGACCGACACUACUUUGGAUUUUCUCGGGAGGGAGAUCGAAAAACUAAGGUAUCAGAAGGCUUCAAUGGUGCACGUGGAUACGGAUGAUUCUGGUUAAUGCAGGAACUUUGUCAGGGGUGUUGGUUCGCAAAAAUUGAGUUGUCUUCCUGAUCUUUGCUUAUGAAAAUGGAAAGAUCACCUAAUGUUUCAGGCGUGUUGACAUUGUUUGAAUUAGACUACGAUAUAAGAUGCCUGAGGUAUGCUGUACUUCUUGUGUGAUUGUGAUGAUUGUCCAAAGGAUGAUUCUUUGAUGUAAUCUCUUUCUUUUCCUGGAUCACAAUUGAUCUGGGUAGUCGUAUAUUUGAAACUACUAAAGUUGGAUUUUGUAAAGAGUCUACGUUUCGCAGUCUGUAUACCCUUUUAGGGUCCAUGCCUAAAAGGAUUAUUGUAAGUAAACUUUCUCCAAGACGUUGAUAAUUUUAUUACUCUGAUGAUAA